AGAAGAAAGUCAAUGAAGGUAACAAGGACACAGGCUCAGUUAUUUAGGAGAAUCCUACAACGCUGUUUUGCCGUGAAGCACCAGAAAUGUUUUGUGGACUACAAAACAUCACACGACUUUAGGCAUGGGGAGCAACCAGCCAUGUCCAAGAGCAGAGAGACAACCAGCAUACCAAGCAGGGAGCGAUGUCCGCUCGCCAAAGGCCUGGAGAGCAUGGCGCCUCUGGUGCGUUCUGUGGAGGAAACCCCUGAUCCCAUCCCCACCACCAUCACAGGGAGAAUUCCAUUCUGGGUCAACGGGAGCUUCCUGAGGAAUGGUCCUGGGAAGUUUGAAUUUGGCAAAGACAGAUACACCCACUGGUUUGACGGCAUGGCCAUGAUGCACCGCUUCCACAUCCGUGACGGCGACGUUACCUACAGCAGUCGAUUCCUGCGGAGCGACUCGUACGUCCGCAACUCGGAGAAGAACCGCAUCGUGGUGUCGGAGUUUGGCACAGUAGCCAUGCCUGAUCCGUGCAAGAACAUCUUCGCACGCUUCUUUUCACGCUUUCAGAUUCCCAAGGCCACAGAUAACGCCAGUGUGAACUUUGUCAAGUACAAAGGAGACUAUUAUGUCAGCACAGAAACCAACUACAUGAGACGAGUCGACCCGCAGAGCCUGGAGACGAAGGAGAAGGUGGACUGGACUCAAUACAUUGCUGUCAACUCAGCUACUGCUCACCCACACUAUGGCACAGACGGGGCCACGUACAACAUGGGCAACUCCUACGGCAAAGGAGGUUUCUUCUACAACAUCAUCCGUGUGCCUCCACCUGACGAGAAUGCGGCAAAGGCAGAUUCUCCAGACUUCGCUGGAGCUGAAGUGAUCUGCUCCAUCCCUGCAGCCGAACCCAGGAAACCCUCCUAUUAUCACAGCUUUGUCAUGUCGGAGAACUACAUCGUUUUCAUCGAGCAGCCGAUCAAGCUGGACCUGCUCAAGUUCAUGCUGUACAGAAUCCAGGGCAAGAGCUUCCACAAGGUCAUGACCUGGGAGCCUAAGUAUGACACCGUCUUCCACUUGGUCAACAGGCACACUGGCAAGGUGAGCGAGGUGAGUUACCGUGCAGCACCCAUGUUCACGCUGCAUCAGAUCAAUGCCUAUGAAGACAACGGGUUCUUGGUUAUGGACAUGUGCUGCGGAGAUGAUGGCGACUCCAUCGGAGACUUCACGCUGGAGAACCUCCGCAAAGGCUCAGGAGAGGAAAUGGACAAGUUUUACAACUCGCUGUGCAGAAACCUCCCAAGAAGAUACGUCCUACCCCUGACUGUGGACAAGAAAACUCCUUUGGACCAAAACCUUGUCACUCUCAAUGGCUUUAAAGCCACAGCAACCAUGACAAAACCAGGCGAGGUUUACAUGACCCACGAGGAGCUUCACGACGACGAGCUGCUGCAAUACGGCGGCCUCGAGUUCCCUCAGAUCAACUAUGAGAAGCACAACGGCAGACCUUACCGCUACUUCUACUCCUGCGGCUUUGGAAAUGUCUUCAGCGACUCCCUGCUCAAGAUGGAUGUCCACACCAAGGAGCUUAAGGUGUGGCGUUACCCCGGAUUGUACCCGUCUGAGCCUGUCUUUGUUGCUUCGCCCCAAGCUACUGAUGAAGAUGAUGGAGUGGUCAUGUCAGUUAUCAUCACACCCAGAAAAGAGAAAAGUACUUUCCUGCUUGUCCUGGAUGCCAAAACCUUCACUGAGCUGGGCAGAGCAGAGGUCCCUGUCAAUGUUCCAUACGGGACCCAUGGUGUGUUUAACGAGAUGGGCUAGAUGUGCCACAGUUUGCAGCGCUGCUGUAAAUUGCUGAAAUUGAACCAGCAACCGGCCACUUAAACCACUGAAGAGAAUAUCUCUGUUUAUGUCAUUACGUGCAAUAUUCCUGAACUGUAAAAAUAAGAGGAAAAGAUAAAUAAUAGCUUGGAAAAACCUGCAGAGUCAUGAUAUUCGUUUGUGCCCCCUUGAUAGGAAUAGGUGCAUGUCCUCACUGUGUGCUGCCAUUACUGUCAGAAAGAUGGCAAUCUUUUGGAGACUAACAAGACAGAAAGCCCAGCAUGGCAUCAGCACACUGAUAAAGUUUGUCCUCUAUGUGUUCUUACAGUAUGUGUUCUUGGAAGAUGAUGGCUUAGCUUUUAGACAAUGGCCACAGGAUUGAGCACCAUGUGGAUGAUUCUAACUUGUGAGGAGAAAUAACAAAAAACGCAACAAUAUGAAAGGCAAUACACACAUUAAAAUCAAAUCCAUUUCCCCCCCUUUUUUUUGUUGUUUAA